AUGGAGCAAGAACAGAGAGUGGUCGAAUGCGUGCCUCCUCAAGACUGCCUAUUGAUCGUCUUUAAUCUAUUGUCCCUCGAAGAGCGGAUUCGCGUGGAACGCGUCUGCAAAGGGUGGAGAGGCGUGUCGCUGGCGUCAUUCGCUUCCGUCCGCUCGUUCAACGUGGCCACCCUUUGGAAGGAUGACAUCUGCGACACUGAUUUGGCCCAUUCAAUCCUCCUCGAAGGCACUCACGCAGUCCUCCUCCGUUGUGGCAAAUACUUGAGGUAA